AUGGCAGCUCUGGACCUCCUCCUCCCCUUCAUCCUCCUCCUACUCCACGUGGGUACUCCAGCCCACAGAGAGUAUGGCGUGGUCCACGUGGUAUCAGAAAAGAAGGGUAGCAAAGACUACUGUGCCCUCUUCAGUUCUGAGUAUGUCACCUUGCCCCGGGACCUCCACCAUGCCCCUCUGCUGCCCCUGCAUGAUGGCACCAAAGCACCCUGGUGCUCCGGUGAGAACACCCACCAGUCAUACCCCCAAAGCUCUAACUCCCAGAAACCACUGAGCAAAACCACCGCCAUGGUGCUGUGGGGGAACUGCAGCUUCUACACCAAGGGUCGCCUGGCCCAAGGUCAGGGUGCCCACGGGCUUCUCAUCGUCAGCCGUUCCGCCGGCCUCCAGUGUUCAGACACCACCCCAGUUCCAGCAACCUCCCAGAGCCUCAGGCCCCUCCCUGAGUUGACCAUCCCAGUGGCCAUACUCCGCUACAAUGAUAUGUUGGACAUCUUGAAUCAGGGCCGGGGUGGGGCCGCCAUCCGAGUGGCCAUGUAUGUGCCCCUAGAGCCCAUCCUUGACUACAACAUGAUGAUCAUUUUCAUCCUGGCCGUUGGCACUGUGGCCCUGGGUGGCUACUGGGCUGGGCUGAAUGAGGCUGAGAGGCUCCAGCGGCGCCGGGAGCAUCGGGGUGGAGGGACCAGUAUGAGCGAGGAAGUCGAAGGGUUGGAUGAAGAGGAGGAGGAGGAGGAGGAGCCUGUGGACUUCACACCAGCAAUGACAGGGGCGGUGGUCCUCAUGUCCUGUUCCAUCAUGCUGUUGCUGUACUUCUUCUAUGACUGUUUCGUCUACAUUAUGAUCGGCAUCUUCGGGCUGGGCGCCGGCACUGGCCUCUACAGUUGCCUGGCUCCACUGGCUCGCCGCCUGCCCCUGGGACGUUGCCAGCUCAUCCUGCCAGGUCUGCAAAUGGCUGCCCUUCAGCUGUCCCUUAUUCUGCUAGCCGGCCUGUGCACCUCCAUCACAGCAAUCUGGAUUAUCUUUCGUAAUGAGGAGAGCUGGGCCUGGCUUCUACAAGACAUGCUAGGUGUGUCCUAUUGCCUGUUUGUGCUCCGACGUGUGAGGCUGCCCACUCUACGUAGCUGCACCUCCUUCCUGCUGGCCCUGCUGGCUUUGGAUGUUUUCUUCGUCUUCAUCACCCCAUUCCUCACCAGGACUGGCGAGAGCAUUAUGGUGGAAGUGGCCUCUGGUCCCUCGGAUUCUACCAGCCAUGAAAAGCUGCCCAUGGUGCUGAAGGUGCCCCGUCUCAGCUUUUCACCACUGACUCUCUGUGACAGGCCGUUUUCCAUCUUGGGCUUUGGGGACAUCGUGGUGCCUGGCUUCCUGGUGGCUUACUGCCACCGCUUUGACAUCCAGGUCCGCUCCUCCAGGAUCUAUUACAUGGCCUGUACUUUGGCCUAUGCCGUUGGCCUGCUGCUUACUUUUCUUGCCAUGAUUCUCAUGCAGAUGGGUCAGCCAGCAUUGCUCUACUUAGUGUCUUGUACCCUCAUCACCAGUCUAGCUGUGGCCAUCUGUCGCCAGGAGCUCAUCCUGUUUUGGACUGGUCAGGGCUUUGUUAAGCCACCUACCCACACCAUCAUCCAGUUACCUCUUUCCCCUAGCAUUAGGGUGAGGGCUGAAGAGCCAUCCCCAUUGUCAGAGCAGAAGCCAGAUGAAGAUAUUAAUGUUCAGCCCACUGUGGAGAUGAUGGGGCCAAUUGAGGAGGGGGCCAACUUGCCAGAAAGCAAUUCCAGUGGGCACUCAGAGGAGACCAUCGUCCCGGCUGACGAAGAAGGCGCCACCCCAUGCUGCCUCAGCGAUAGCUCCGAGGGCUGGAGCGACGCCAACCUGGAUCCAGAAGAGAUACCCAUCUCUCCCAUUGAGAUUGAUGAAGAGCCAGGGAUUCUGGGCACAGACAACGUGGCAUUGAACGACGUCCCUGAAGGUGCUGUUGUCUGGACAGGACUUCACAAAAGAAAGGGCUUAAAGGUGAAAAAGAGCCUGUCAGCACAGGCCUCACUCUGA